AUGUCUCAAGUGAGCAAGGCCUGCUGUAGCAUUCCCCCCGUCAAAACAGACUACCAGCCGAAGGGCUCUAUGGAAAAAGUGGCCGGCUUCGACUCGUAUGUCGUUGGUCCUGCCGACUCGAAGAAUGUGCUUGUGUGUGUCUACGACAUCUUUGGUUUCUGGGACACGACGAAGCAGUGCGCUGACUUGCUAUCAGACUCGAUGAAGGUCAAGGUAGUCAUGCCUGAUUUCCUGCGCAAUAAGCCUUGGCCACUCACCUCAUUCCCUCCGAGCAACGAGGAGGAGAGCAAGAAGUUUCAAGAGUGGUUCUCGACGGUGGCCAGCGUCCCUGACGCAAAGAAGGACGUUGAGGCCGUAGCCCAGGAACUUAAGAAGAACGGCGCUGAAAAGCUGGGUCUUUACGGACUCUGCUGGGGUGGUAAGAUCACGAGUCUGGCUGGCUACGAAGGCACACUCUUUUCCGGUGUGGCUAUCGUCCACCCCGCCAUGGUGAAUGGCGAAGACAGCAAGGGUCUGACUGUGCCUGUGGCAUUUUUCCCAUCGAAGGAUGAGCCCCGUGAUGAGUCGGACAAGUACUGGGAAAACUUCCAGAAGUCGCACCCCGAACUCGUCGAAAAGAGCACGUACCACUACUACGACAACAUGUUCCAUGGCUUUGGUGCUGCCCGCGCAAACCUCAAGGACGAAGCAAACCGUGUUGCUGCUGAGGAUUUGUACAACCGCCUCGCUAACUUCUUUUGCGGCGUGUUUUAA